UACUUCAGCUCCCCACCCACAAGCUUUUAAUACAGGCACACCUUUUCUCACAGGUGUGUCUGACAGAGGAGACCUGGUCCUCCUGGAAGGAGGAGAAGCCUGAACAAAGAUGAAUUCUUCCCUCUCCAAAGGUGGAGCCGUUCCAGCGGGAGAUCUGCAGGCGACAGAAGAUGCAGACCUAAGCGGGAAGCAGCAAAGUGAGGGUCAGGCUGGACAGCUGACAGAAAAUGAUGAUGAACUGAUGUACUCCUUGGACAGCUCUCAAGACAGUGAAGAUGAGGGUAUUGGCAAAAAAGCGAAGAAGAAAAAGAAGCUAAAAAAGAAGAAGAAAAAGAAGGACUCCUCCUCUUCUUCAUCGUCUUCUUCUUCCUCCUCCAGUAGUUCCUCAGACAGUGAUAGUGAGGAUGAGAAGAAAAAGAAGAAUAAGAAGGAGAAAAAGGAGAAGGUCUGGGAGAGCAUUAUCAUCUUUCAGGAAGGUCCCGAGGGUCUGGAAGAACAGCUGACUGGAGAGGGCAUGCACAUGAAGCCUGAUUACGACUCAUCAGAUGAGGAAAAUGACAAGAAGAAAAAGAAGAAAGAUAAGGAGAAAAAAAAGAAGAAAAGGAAGAAGGAUUCUUCCUCCUCCUCAUCUGACAGUGAAGAUGAAAAGAAGAAAAAGAAGAAAAAGAAAACAAAGAAGAAGAAAAAGAAGAAGGAUUCAAGUUCAUCUUCUUCAGGUAGCUCUUCAUCUGACAGUGAGCAUGAUAAGAAGAAGAAGAAAAAAAAGAAAAAGAAGAAGGACUCAAGUUCUUCUUCUUCUGAUAGUUCAUCUUCAUCUGAUAGUGAGGAUGACAAGAAAAAGAAGAAAAAGGACAAGAAGAAGAAGAAGAAAAAGAAAAACAAGAAAAAGGAUUCCAGCUCUUCAUCUUCAUCCUCUGAUAGUAAGAAAGACAAGAAGAAGAUGAAGAAGAAGAAGAAAAAGGAUAAGAAAAAGGAUGAAGAGCAAAAGGACCCAAGCAGUGCUCUUUCAGGUGAAGGUGGUGAGACAGGAGCUAAUGGAGACAGAGAUGCUGACAAGGACAAAGAGCUUACAUCAGCAGUAGAGGGCACUCUCUCCACCACACUAGCUGGGGGAGCACAGCCGUUUCCUUAUGGCAUAGAGGAUGGUCACCUGAGUGAUGAUGAGGGAGGAGGAGGGAAAGAAAAGGAUAAAAAGAAGAAGUUGAAGAAGAAAAAGGAUUCUUCUAGCUCCUCGUCUUCUUCAUCUGAUAGCUCUUCAGACAGCGAGGAUGAAAAGAAGAAGAAGAAGAAGAAAACGAAAGAUAAGGAUUCUAGCUCUUCUUCAUCAUCUUCCUCCUCUGAUAGUGAAGAUGAAAAGAAAAAGAAGAAGAAAAAAAAAAAGAUGAAAAAGAAGAAAGAUAAGGAUUCCAGCUCUUCCUCAUCCUCAGACAGUGAGGACGACAAGAAGAAGAAGAAGAAGAAGAAGAAAAAAAAGGCAAAAAAGAAGCACUCAAGCUCAUCUUCUUUAUCAUCAUCUUCUUCGGAUAGUGAGGAUGACAAAAAGAAGAAGAAAAAGAAAAAGAAGACCAAGAAAAAGAAGGAUAAGGACUCUAGCUCUUCCUCUGACAGUGAUGAUGACAAGAAAAAGAAGAAGAAGAAAAAAAAGAAGGAUUCCUCUUCCUCCUCUUCUUCUAGUGAUGAUGAGAAAAAGAAGAAGAAAAAAGACAAGAAGAAAAAGAAACACAAGAAAAAGGACUCGGGUUCUUCUAGCAGUGAUGAUGACAAGAAGAAGAAGAAGAAGAAGAAAAAAGACAAAGAGAAAAAAAACUCCAGAACCAUGGUGAAGUUUCAGAACUCAGACCUGUGGAUAGCCUGGAUGGUUAUCUUCUGCAUGGAGGGUUCACGGUUUGAUCUGCACACAGGAAAAGUGUGUGUCCGGGCCCUGGAAGUGACUGUGUCCCAGAGCAGCAUCCAGGUGGCUCGGGGCCAGACGGCCAUCCUGCCCUGCUCCUUUACCACCAGCGCUGCCCUCACCAACCUCAACAUAAUCUGGAUGGUGAUCCCGCUGUCCAACGCUAACCUGCCAGAACAGGUGAUAAUUUACCAGAAUGGCCAGGUGUUCACCCUACCUAACCACCUCAAGGGUCGUGUGGGCUUUGUGGCCACCAUGCCAAGCACAAGUGCCUCCAUCUUCAUCAAUAACACCCAGUUGUCUGACACUGGGACAUACCAGUGCCUGGUGAACAACUUUCCCGACGGAGGAGGACGUAACAUUGGAGUCAUUGGGCUCACGGUGUUGGUGCCCCCCUCAGUGCCAGCAUGUCGAAUCCAGGGAACGCUGGAUGUAGGCAGCGACAUCAUGCUGUUCUGCAGUUCAGAGGAAGGCAUUCCCACGCCAUCUUACUCCUGGGAGAAGCUUGACGCACUGCCCAAGCUACCACACAACGCCAUGCAAGACCAGAUGCAGGGCACUGUCACCUUGAGAAAUAUCAGCACAAGCACCUCAGGGUUUUACCAGUGCACUUCCAGCAAUGCCAUUGGCAAGAGCACAUGUGUGCUAAAUCUGGAGGUUGUGGCACCCCAGCCGCAGAGUGUAGGUCUGAUUGCAGGAACCAUUGCUACAGGAAUCCUUGCUGUCAUCAUCUGUUCACUACUAGUUGUGGUUACACUGUUUUACUGGAAGAACAAGAACAAAUAUGAGGAAGAGGAGAUUCCUAAUGAGAUCAGAGAAGAUGAUUUACCUCCUAAGCGGUCAUCAUCAGUAAAGGCUUUCCAUGCAGAUGCCUCUUCCUCAGAGAACGACACACUGACUUCUACAAACACGUAUAACAGUCGCUAUUGGCACAACCCUAAAACCAACUACGACACUAACUCCUACACACGCUACAAUGGAGACACUCGUCAGACCUUUACAGCUGCUCCUACUGCUGCUGUACAUGGACCUCACGGAGCCCACAGUCAUGGACAACCUCAGAACGCUACACAGGUCCGUGAAACAGCGGUCACAGCUCCAGGCUCCACCCCUUUAUCCCGCCACCCACCACCCACCACGGCAACGACCACAACAACAUCUUUUGCCAAUGGCGGCCACAUGCUCUCGCCACCCAAGACUCUAGUAGUCACAACAAACUCUGCCCCAUCCCCACCCGCCAUGGUGCGCAGCAACGGCACCGUAAGCCUCAAACCAGUGGUGACAUCCGCACACGGGCACCACACGCACUCUUAUGCUGUUAGCCAAGCGACGCUGGAGCGGAUGGGGGCAGUGCCGGUCAUGGUGCCCGCCCAAAGCAGAGCAGGCUCACUUGUUUAAAAACCUGAUUUGUGACUCUGCUAACAAGACUAAAAGAGUGUUUGGUUGGAAUGUUUGAGAUGUGAUAAGAAACACUGACUGAAUAUGGGCUGAAACAGUCCACAACCCUUUACAGUUGUGUCUUUCAGUAAGACUUUUUUUUAAUCACAAACUAAAAGAAAAUAAAAAAGCUUAGGUUUUACAGUGCAGAGUUUAAUUGAUGCCAAUUCUUUGAUGGACAUAGCACUAUUUUUUCAGUUCCUUUUUGUUUGUGCUAUUUUUAUGGAUUUUCUGCUGGUGAAAACAGUGGGAUUGAUUUUUUUUUGUUUGUUUAUUCCCAAACCCCUGGAUGAUUUCACAAGGCUGAAGUUCAAAAUCCUGCAAAUCACAGAAUUCUGGAUCUUCUUCAGGGCUGGAUCAUUGUUAUGAUUGUGUGUGUUGUUUUGUUUUGGGUUUUGUUUUUGACCCAAACCAGACAUUAUUUUUUCUUUUAGCGUGUCAGUUUGCAUGGUCACGCAGACGUAAGCUUUGAAUCCCACAGCAUAAUGCAUGUGUCCUUUAAGUUAGUCAGCUUUAUUUCGCAUUAUUUCUUCACACUUUUAAGUUUUGAUUGACAUCAACGAUAAAAGUGGCAAAAAGUGAAUGUUGAAAGAAAUUAUUUAGAGUUCCCAAAAGCAUAAAAAGUGUAAAGAAUGAAAUGAUAGUUGAAAUGGCCUUAGAAGCUUGGAGUGGAAUGGUCAGGGGUAUUUGGUGCAAUAAACUACAUAGUGUAUGUCAGUGAAUGCAAACGUAACUAUUUUAACGCACUUUUAGAGCAAAAUAAUAUCAAGAGCUUUGUCUUAUGAAAAUAGUUUUAUUCAUUAUAUGCUUUAUAAUCAAAAAUACAUCCAAUCCUCUCUUUCAAGCUCUAUGAUUUCAAGUUGAUUAACAUGCUGGGUUACCAAACAAAAAGAGACCACUCUCCUGAUCUAAACUCUGACUUGCUGCUCAAUAUAGUGCUUGCUGUCACCAUCCUUAGCUGUAGUAUCUCUGACUCACACCAUGUCAGUGCUGCUUUAAGAUGGAAAAAAGAUGUCUUAUUUCAUACAUGCUUCAUAACGAAGCAAGAUAAUUUUUUACAGUAUUUUUGUUCUCAGCUAAAGCUCACAUUUAGUCUUUUUUAACUGUACAUAUUAAAACAGUAGGCUAGAUUGUGAAUCAAAAAACAUUUUGUUUCCUCAUACACAUUACAUCUUACUUACAUUACAUCCUAAUGUUCAAACGGUUCUGUUUUUUUUGUUUGGUUUUUUUUUACUUCAAGUGGAGGCUACCUUUGAUUCUGCCUCAUGGUGUUAUUUCAUACAAAUGUCUAUCUAAUAAAAUGUGUUUCUACAUGAGUGGGCACAUGUAGAAUGUAUAAACAACUGACACCUUUGGCUGUGUGUCAUAGAGUUGUGUUGCUGACCUUCUGUAAUUGUAUUUGAUCAAAUUUCACGGGCAGAGUAAGAAGCUGGAGUGUUUCCAGGUCUUUCCAAAUCUGAUCAUUCUCAUUUCUUUUUGUGCACAUAAUUUACCCUGGCUGCGAGCCGUAUUUUACAAAGUAAACAACUUCAUAACUUAUUAUAUUUAUUUUGAAUUUCAAUAUUACCUUAAACUUAAUACAGUAACUGUAUUUCAUUUAAAAUGUUACUCCUUUUUAAAUGAGUAAUGGACAAAUAUUCUGAAUGGCUAUUUAAAUUGCAUUUAUGGCAUUUAAAACUAAAGAUACCAUUUUAAUUCUACCAAAUAGUUAAAUUCUUUCUUUCUUUGAUUUCUUUGACUGGAUCAAGUUUGAACUGAGUGGGUGUGUGUUUUAUACCAAUUUGCUGUUGUUUGCAGUUGAUCUGCAACUUGCAUUGGUCUCAUUUCCCCUCCACACAUUUUGUCUGUUUGUAAUGAUGAAAUGACUUGUAGCUAAACUUUUCUCUACAGAGUUAAGAAUAGUCAGUUACAUGCAGGUUCUGUUUGGAGCCAGACUUAACCAAACACAAGCUUUGGCACAGCUGUUCAAUCUUGUAAAACCCACAUUUCUUUUUUUAUUCUCUUCUCAGUUCAUUGUCAUGUGAGGAAGAGCUACAUAAUUUGCAUCUACUACUAUAUAUAUGUGCACCUCAAUAAAUAAAAACAUCAUCAAAAAUGUAUUUUGUUAAUUCAGUUACAUAACUGCAAGUCAUCCAUGAUGCAUCAUGAAAUUAUUCUUCUAGUUUUGAUUAAGGUGGCUUACAGAUUGUAAAAUAUCAAAUUCUAUUCCAAGAAAGUUAAAAUAUUACAUAGAAAUACAACAUUUUUCCUUCUCAGAAAAGUUGUUAUGGCCUAUGUGAUAAUAUGAAAGAGUUGACAGUAGUCUUACAAGGACAGUAAAUAUUGCUGUACCCAAGUACAGAAAUGGAAAGAAAUUGAAAAAUUGUUGUAGAAGAAAUUAGUAAAGUUACAUGGAUAACCAGUGCCUUAAGGAUAUUGUGGAACAAACCCAAAUUAAGACUUCAGGGGAGAUUAAAAAAAACCUGGACUGAACCUGAAUUCAGUGUUUUAAAAGCCACCACACACAACACACAAAUGUAUCCAGGACAUGAAAUACAUUUCAUUUGGAAAAUCAAGGUCCUAGAGUACGUUGGAUGAGCAAACAGGCUCCGAAGUUGCUUGGCAGUCAGUGAUCUAGGGGGCUGUGUCUUCUGCUGGCAUAGUUUCAGUCUGUUUUAUGAGAUUCAAUAGCAACGCUGCCAUCUACCAGAAAACUUUUGGGGCCUCAGGAUUCCCUCUGCUGACAAUCUAUAUUAAGAAGCUGAUUAAUUUUACUCACUGCUAAAAUUACUUGUACCAACUUUAAUGAUUAGAGUAUCACUUUGCAAAUUCUAACCUAACCCUUUCAGAGAAUCUACGGAGUAUUGUAAAGAGGACGAUGAGAAAUGCCAGAACCCGACAAUGCAGAUGAGGUAAAGGCCCCUAAUAAAGCAGCCGGGGCUGCUGAAUAGCCUCAUUCUGAUUGCCUCCAUACCACGCUUCGCCAAUGCAGUUAUCAUCCGAAAUGAGUCCAGACAGAUGUUGGAACCUUACAUAUACUGUUUUUAAAUUAGUCUUAUUUUAUAUGCAAAUUUGAAGAGAAACUAAUUUUAAGAUUUUUUUUUAGCUAUAAGCCAAAUCAUUACAUUGAAUAGAAAUAACCAUUUAAUAUCACUCCAUGUGCACUGUAUGUUUCACUUUUGGGAUUUGAAUUGCUAAAAUUCAUCUACAUUUUAGUGAUAUUCCCAUUUAUUGAGAUGCACCUGUAAGUACCUUAAAUCUAAAGAUGAUCUGGUUUUUUUUGUUUGUUUGUUUUUUUUUUCGGACAAUUUAGCCAUAUAUACUACGUGUUCUGAUUUCUUUUAUUUUUUCCAUUUCCCACACUGUUCUUGCCCUGAUCUCCCAGUGCUUACAACCAACUCCUCUUUAAUGGGUCUUUUUUUCUUUAUAUGUCUCUGAAAGUAUGGCAGGGUAGAAAAGUUAAAUUGAGCUUAUACUAUUUGUACUCCACACUUAUUUUGUAGAAUAUGUGUGAGAAUCUGCUUUGUCUUUAUCCCAGAUUUAUUGAGCAUGUCAUCUUAUGCCUCAGCCAUAAAGAUGGACUAUCAUGUAGAAGGUGGUGUAUGGCUUGUGUAUACAAAUAAGUGUGACAUGUUGCCAACAGUAAAACCAGUUUAAAUAUGUAAAUAUGUAAAGACGUGAAAAGCAAAAAAAAAACAAACACAUUAUGUUCUAACAAUGGGGACAAGAUUAUAUAGGGGAAAAAAACAAAAACAUUGGACUAGUAAAUAAAUAUUGGUUAAUACAU